CACACGCGCAUCCCUUGAGGCGGGGCAGCAUGCACAGAGCAAGGAACAGAGGCCAGACAAACGGCGCAUUUCCAUAUCCACCAUCGUAUUUUCACCAAAAUAUAUAAACAAACCGGAGGUCGCGCGGAAUAAUACCGGUUUAUUUCUGCGGGAAAAGCAUUUUGAACACCAGAAAGCGUCCGCGAGGCAGUGGAGAGCCCACGAGGGAUUGCCCAACGAGGAAAGCCUCGGAAACGGCUGAGGAAAGAAGGCCUCGCACAACGCUCUUAGACCUGCGGGGAAAAGUGAAGAGCGCCGCCUGACGACCGCCUUGCAGCGGGGUGACUCGAUCAGGACACAGCGGUGCGCUCCAGAAGCUCUGACAAAAUCUGAAGAGCGCCGCCGACUGUUCGCCACAGGUUUUUUUGUCAUAUUGAGGUCCCAACCAAGAGUUGAGGAACACUGUUUUAGGUCAUUUUGUGGCUAGAGAUUCAUAUCUGGCACAAGAAUGCAUACUGAACCCUGUCAUUGUAAUUCAUAACCUCUGCUUAUGGUCACACACUGCGCAGCAUCUGCUCUUAGCACACCAAGCAUUUUGACAUCUUAAGUAUCACCCUCAGGUUUAGUACUGUAACUACCGCAGUAACCAUGAAUGACCAGGAGUACGUAGAGCAUCAGUAUAUGUGCAGUGAGUGUCAGCAGCUCUUUAAUACAUUAGAGGAGGUGCUAGUGCACCAACAGAUACACACUGGAGGUGAGGGGGAUGAGGUCCAGCCCACCCAUGAGGAUUUUGAAACUGGUGAGAGCCAGUAUCAAUGCCUGGAGUGUGGAGCCAUCCUCAGGAACCCAGAUGAACUGCUGCUUCAUCAGGAGCUGCACAUGAGGGAGGCAGGGCAGGAGAUUUGUGAGGUCACAGAGGUGGGUGGAGCCAGUUCAGAAGUGCCAAUCCAAUACCAGUGUCUGGAAUGCCUGGCUCUCUUUGACACACCUGAUCUGUGGUUGGCACACAGGCAGACACACAGCAGAAGCAGUACCCAUAGCACGUUAAGCACUGAAACAGAAUUUGUUCUUCAGCCAGAUGGCUCAGUCACUCAGGUUCAGUCGCACAAUGUGCAAAAUCUUGUUUUGGAUGAGCAAAGGGCAGGCCAGAUCCUAACCCUAGCCCAGGCUCUUCGAGAUCAAGAAGCUCCAUCCAAGUCUGCAGCCCCUGCCAGAGCUAUGCUAGUUCCAGCAAAUGCUUCCCUGUCUGGCUCCUCCUCUGCUAUGCUCCGCCUACAGUUCUGCUCCGCCCAAGCUAUCGCUGACGGUUCUGCCUCGAAUGCUCUCCGAAAAGGCAAACUCUUCGCCCCCCUCUUACCUACCGAUCCUAUCAGGCUGGACAACGUGACCACUUUGAACCUUCUCCCAUCCUCUGGCCAGGUGAACAUGUUAAAGCGAGAAGAAGAGGAAAUUUUAAUUAUCCAUCCUUAUGAAUGCUCCGAGUGUAAUCUGCUAUUCAGCACGCCAGAGGAUUUUCUCCAACACCAGGGGGAGCACUUUUUAGCCCAGGACAAGGAGAGUGGGGGUACUGGGGUGAUGGUAGGGUAUGAAGACAGUUCUGCGACCAAGGAAGACGAAAGAAGAAAUGACGGCUCAGAAGAGGGCAGAGUCACUGGUGGGAGACGUGUACAAGGCGCCCUUUCUGCCGGUCAGGGUUUGACAUCUCCCAUCUCUCCCAGCAGUCUUCAGUGUGAGGAGUGCAAUAGAACGUUCACCACAGCCAAUCGGCUCGCGGCACACAUUCGUGUGCACGAACAAGGAACUCACGAGUGCCCGGAGUGUGAUAAAGUGUUUAAGAAACUGGUGUCACUUCAGACACACAUGCGUACACAUUCUGGUGAGGCACGGUUUCUGUGUGUCGAUUGUGGACAUUGCUUCACCACAGAAAUGACACUUAUGAUACACAGGAAAUCUCAUACAUCUGAACCACUGCACAGUUGUCCGUUUUGUGCUAAAAGCUUCACCAACAUGACCAAAUUCCUUUACCAUCGUCGCACCCACAGAAUCCGUGAGCCGUUGGCACCAGAAACUCCGUUUGUUAUGGCGAAGCAGUCAUCGCUGUCAAUCAUUCAAAGAGCAAAAGAGCGAGAGGCUGCAUGGAAGAAACAACGUCAGGAACCUUCAGUUUCCCCUUUGAAAGAUCCCGAUGAGACCGGUCCUGUUCUCAUCGAAGGCAUUGCUGUGGUCUCCCAGUCCGCAGAGCCAACCGAGAAUGGAUUUUAUGCGGAGCAAACCCAAAAUGGAGGAAGGAUGCAAGCGUGUGACCCAAACCAUUCAACUACUGGCAAAGUGGAAGGAAGCGAAAAGGAGGAAAGCAACUCCAAAAUUCCUGUUGCAGGGGAAGAACAAAAAUUCCCUUGCCCUACUUGUAAGAAAAGAUUCUCCUCGCAGGUUCGUUUGUUGCGUCAUCGCAGAACCACUCACACCGCUGAAAGACGCUUCAGUUGCACCAUCUGCGGUAAACUCUUCAAGAAGCAGAUCCACCUGCGCAAUCACCUGCGCACUCACACGGGCGAGCGUCCAUUCCAGUGCAGUGUGUGUGGAAAGACCUUCUCGUCUCUCGCUAAUCUGUCCCGCCAUGGACUCACACACACCGGAGUUCGUCCGUACAGGUGUGACGUUUGCCACAAAGCCUUCAGCCAAUCUUCAAAUCUCCGUCAACACCGUCAGCAUCUUCACGGCAAUGCCAUGCCCUCACCCUGUCCGGACUGCUCCGCCUCUUUUAUCCGUCCUGCUAAACUCGUAGUGCACCGUUUUCUUCAUCACCCAGGAUCACCAGCACCGUACCCCUGCUCACACUGUUCUGAGGGGUUCUUGCGCAAACGUCAACGAGACUUGCAUUGCCUGGAGCAACAUACCAACCUUACAAACCCACACAACAUUUCCCAGGAUUCUCAGGUUGGCAGUCAGCAGGCAGAUGUGACAGUCGAGCAACAGAAUGUUUCAUCAGUAUUAAGAACCAAUCUGGAGUGUAACAUCUGCGGCAAGCGUUUAAACUCUUCUGCAAAUCUUCGCCUGCACCAGCUAAGUCACGGACUUGGGCCAGGUAGACCACGAGGCUCCGCCGCCUCUGCUGCAAAGUCCCACCCUUGCCUGGUAUGUGGAAAGCAAUUUGUUUCGGCCUCGAGUGUUACACUACAUCAAAGAGUUCAUACGGGAGAGCGUCCGUAUCCUUGCUCGAUCUGCGGCAAGCGGUUUCGCCAAAACGCGCACCUGCGUGAGCACCUUCGCACGCAUUCGGGGGAGCGUCCGUUUCGCUGCGAGUUCUGUGAUAAAGCCUUCGUGCAGAGCAUGCAUCUGUCAGAACACCGGCGUACACACACGGGUGAGAGACCACACGCUUGCGUCGAAUGUGGAAAGACUUUCAAGACCAUCUCAAACCUUAGGAACCACCGCAAAACCCACAAUCGCACCCAAAAGCAACAGGAGCCGGAGCAAAAUGGAGACGCUAGUGCAGAAAUCGACACGGCGACUUUUGCUGUUGUGGAGGCUUCUGAGAUCGACCUUACAAAUGCAGUCCCAGGUUUUUGCCAGCAGGAGGUGCAGCUUGGACAGUCCCAAGUCAUUCAGAUACAAACAUCCAAUCUGUCACAGACUCAAGGCAUGCCCACUAUUAUGUGUAAUGAGUUUGGAGAGCCAAUUGCCAUUAUAGAGACGAGUGGAGACUUGGCGGAGGCCAUUGAGCUGUACCAUACUGCAUUGGAGGGCGGCAUCAACAUGGAGGCCAUCACUGUAGACAACCUGCAGUUAAUGUGAGACCUUUAAAACCCAUGCAACAUUCCAGUGGCCAUUUUUUGAUCACCUCAAACUGGAAGAUCACCGGGAGUCGAAUAGACAAAAAGACACAUUGAUGUGAUCUUUGAGAAAUGUGUUGCAAAUCUAAGACUGUUGAGUUCACAUGCAUUGAAUUCUUGUUUGUGCGAACAUGUGUAUCACCAAACAGCCACUCUCUCAGAUCAGUUUUAUGUAUUUUUACUUUACUCCCAAAAAAGGAAAAUAUGUGUGGCUUGUGAUGGACAUAAAAUGAGGCUCAAUGUAGAGGAUGCAAGAUCUAAAAUAAAAUUUUAGCCUGUAGUAGGAUGGUUGAUGACACAGUACAUACUGUAUACCACUGUUGUUCAGACUUUUAUGACAAAGGCAUGAAUGCACAGCUUUUUACACAGAAGUAAAAAUGACACACAUUGGUGUAGUGGUGCAAGGAUGCUCGACUUGUUAGUUAAUAACAUGACAUGCUCACUGAUGCCCCAUAAACAUUCUGACCUUCUUGUGUGGUACCAGAGACAGCAGAUUAUACUUCAAGGAUUCUGAGCUAAAGAAUCACUUUGAGAAGAACAAGAUGAAUGACAUGGAAAAGUGGGUACAAAAACAAAUCUGCAUUAUGCAUCAGGUCAUUACUGCGAUGGUGAAAGGAAGUAUGUUUCAUUCAGUAUUACAUGUCUCUCUGUCUAUACACUGAAUGUUAUUUGUAGCAUUUUUUUAUCCUUAUGCCAAUUUGGAGAGAUGUUAAUAAACUUAAAAGUUUGUC